AUGGAGAGCCGAGCGUCUCUCGGCUCUAUCCAGAAGGCCGUCUGGGACGGGCGCUUGCCACUGGAGAUUGUCCUAGCUUCAUCAGAAAGUCGAACCUUUGACAAGACGGAUCCUUAUCUUAUCGCAUUUCCGCGCAUUUCAUAUCUUCCCUCGUUGCUACCCAAGCUUCGCGCUUUCUUCUCACAUUUUUUGAUAGAGCCAAAUUCCCAGUCUCAUGAUGGCUGGUUUGAGUUUGAGGGUGUGCCUCUGAAGUGGCACUACCCAGUCGGGCUGUUAUUUGACCUUUAUGCAGGAGCAGACCCCGCCUCAAAGACCCCUACGAGGAGUAACGACUCUCCCGAGAGUGGGUCAUCGCUGCCCUGGCGUCUGAUAGUGCACUUUAGCGACUGGCCAAAUGACCUUGUUCGGCUUGAUGCUGAUGGAAUGGUCAUGAACGACGCCUUCAUAAACAGUGUGAAGGAGGCGGAUUUCCUACGAAACGGUACAGCUAAAGGCAUCAUGAGUCUCUCAAAAAAAGACUCAUCGGGUCUUUGGAAUGCCGUACAAAAGCUCGAUCUUGUUUCCUUCCAGCGGAUUUCAAAUAUACUUCUUCCUCAGCUCUCACAACCGUUCCGCAAUGUCCCGAUACGGAUUUUUCUACCUCUCCCACUAGAUGCCGAGUCUUCUUCGCUUAAAGUGGUACAAUCGCCACUUCCUCCCUCAAUUCCAGUAUUGAGCAUGCAGUCAAGUCAGAUGUCGAGCUCGCGGAGUGCUUCUACCCUCCAGCCUCAAACGGUUGGGACUGUUUUGCACACAUUGCUACCGAAUCUAUUUCCCAGUCGGAGAACUCCUGUCCUUGCGAAGCCCGUACUACACGGUACUGUGGUACCCAUGUCUGCUCCAAUUGAGGAGGUUGUGAGGAGCUCUGCUUACGGAGACGGAUGGGCAUAUCUCGUCGUUCGGAUGAUAGGAUGA